AUGAGGAAACAAUUUUUGACUGUACAAUCUGCUAUGAACGAAGGCCCAAUGCCACAAACCAUUGGCAGUAUCGCUCCAUGGAUUCUUUCUGUGGCAGCUGGAUCAAAAAACCCAGGUUUAAUCACCCCUGUACGACUAGGAAAUGGUAUAGUUGUUAAUGGAGUUUCAGUAAAUCCCUUUAAACUUAAAGGAAUGUAUCCUCUAAUUUACGCCGGAGAAGUUCCAAAUAUCACCGCUGGUUUCAGUGGCUCAACAUCGAGGUUUUGCAUCAAAAAUUCUUUGGACAAUAAUUAA